GUGGUUUGUUUAUUCAUUUUGAUGGUUGGUUGUGUCUUGAUAAGAUGUGAUAAGUGUUUUCAACGUUUUGUUUCUCCUUGUAAAUGUAUUAUGACAGAAGUACUACGCAGUAGUCAGACUGUCUAGGCUGUAGGAAGCCUUCUACAUUUUAGUAAAGUACUGUGAAUAAUCUGAAGAGCUUGAAGGCCCAAAGAUGAGUUUUGAAUUUGUUAUACCACUACAACAAUCAGAUUUAUUGAAGGCAACAGGAACCAAUCAGUAUGUUGUAGAAGACCUUUGUGCUUCUAGGCAAAUUGCUGAUAAAGUGUUUGGCUGUAAGUCAUUGAUGCGCAAUGAAGGGCCGCUCAUGCUGCUAGAAAACUUUGACAUAUUCUACAGUGUUUUGAGACAAUUUAAGGACAUAAAUUCUGAAGUGAAAGAAAUGGCUUGGGAACUUCUAAUUUCAAUGUGUAGGCAGCAAACACAGAAUGUUGCUUCUUAUUUGGAGGAUGACCAGUUAGACUCUGUGUCCAGCCACCGUCACUUGAACUUUGUUAAAAUGAACCUAUACUUGCUGAGUCAGAUGGCUGAAGCAUUUGAGACGGAUGCUACAAGGCCAUCAAGCAAUAUUGCAUCUUCAAACAAAGGAGGUCGUAAGAAAACAACCAACAUUGGGUUUGACUGGGAUAAUGAACGAGAAAACUUCAUCAACAUUAUCUCUCAACCCAUUCACUUGGAUAUUUACCGUCUGUGGGAUCCACCGAUCGCAGAAGAGGAAUUUGUAAACCUUAUUGCCAAUUGCUGCUAUAAAUUGCUGGAGAAUCCUGUAACUUGUCGUAACAAGACAAGUAGGGAUGCCAUCUUUAAUUUAAUUGGAGCGUUGGUGAAGCGUUACAACCAUACGCUCAGCGCUAGUCUGAAAUUUACACAGUUACUUCAGCAUUUUGAACACCUCUCAGGGCCUUUAGCUGAAGCCAUCGCCCUCAUCACUACUAAUUUUGGUGUGAAGAACAUUGUUAAUGAAAUACUGAGAGAGAUUGGGAGCAUGGAUCCCAAAGAUUUAGCAAGAGACAACAGUGGCACAAGAUCUUACGCUGCAUUCCUUGUUGAACUAGCAGAAAGGAUUCCUACCAUUAUGUUACCGAGCAUCAGCGUUCUUCUGUGCCAUCUUGAUGGAGAGUCAUACACCAUGAGGAACAGUAUGUUGGGUGUGAUUGGUGAGAUUGUCUUGCAGGUUCUCAGUGGAGAUACUCUUGAUUCAAAGGCAAAAACAACAAGAGAUCAAUUACUGGACAAAUUAGAGGAUCACAUACAUGAUGUGAAUGCAUUCACUCGUAGCAAAGCACUUCAGGUCUGGCUCCGAAUGUGCAAUGAACGCGCCAUACCGUUGACACGCCAAAGAGAACUUCUGCCUCUGGUGAUUGGUCGACUACAGGAUAAGUCAAGUGUAGUGCGCAAGAGCGCUGUGCAGCUAUUAACUGCUCUUAUGGUCAGCAAUCCAUUUGCUGCUAAGCUUUCAGUGAUAGAACUGCAAGACAGUCUUGAUAAAGAGUCAAAAAAACUAGAAGAGAUGUUGCCUGAAGAAGGUAUUCCUAACAUACCUGGUCCAGUUAACACAGGAGAUGAUUGGGAAGCAAUUGAGACAGAAGUGAUAAAAGCAAUCCAGGAAAGUACCGAGGAAAGUGAAGAUAUGGAAAAUGUAGAAAUACCCGAGAGCAAAGACAUUAAAAGCAUUGUUGCGGAGAUUCGAAAGCUUCUAGAGGCAAGGGAAUUUGACAAUGCUUUGAAUUUGCUAAAUGCAGCGAAGGAAGCUUGGUCUGAUCAUGAGAUGUUCAACAACACGCCUCCCACUGAUGAAGAUAUUGCCAUGGAAACCAAUAAUAUGGAUCCAGAUGUAGAGAAAAUGUGUUCUCUGUUGAAGUCCAUAUUUCUCGGAUUUACUCCAUUGGCAAUGAACUCAGCGAAUAUGCUUGUGGGAACCGACCCACAUGCAUUAAUUGGUGGUAGAAGUGAAGGAGAUGCAUGUCAAAACUCAGUUGUGAAUGAACUCACUAAACAACAAAUCCUUGUACAGUACUUUAAAGAUUGUGUUGCCUUUGCAAGCCAGCUUCAAGAGGCUGUACCAAUUAUAUGUCAGCAGUUGGGUUCCAAAGCUACCACUGAUGUCAUGGAAGCUAUAGGCUUCUUUGUAACUGCAUUUGAGUUUGGCAUUUCAAACUCAAUGCAGGGAGUUCGUGGCAUGAUGGCUUUAGUCUGGUCAAAGGACCAAAGUGUAAAAGAUGCGGUUGUGUCUGCAUAUCACAGGCUGUACCUUACACCAAAAGGAGGAAAUGAAAGAUCACGGAGCAUGGCCAUUGUUAAUAAUUUAACAGCACUGACUGUCGGUGCCACCAUAGGUGAGCUUACAUCAUUGGAAGAACUUGUGGUACAAUUUGUGAAGAGCAAUGACAUACCGAAGCAGGCUAUACAGCUACUAUGGGAGAGGUUUACCAUGAAGCUAGAAGCUACUACUGAGGAGGAGAGCAGGGGUGCUAUCAUCAUCAUAGGCAUGGCUGCUGGAGCGGAUAUUGAUAUUGUACGCAGCAAUGUUGAUGUGCUGGUAGGCACUGGCCUUGGACCCAGAGCAGAAAUGGACUUCACAUUAGCACGUUACACAUGCUCUGCUCUUUUAAAACUAGCUGGCUCAGGAAAGCCAAAGGUGAUGAGCAGUGAGGUGCCAUUCAGGUUUGCAUCUUCACAUGCUAUCUUCACAAGGCUUUCUGACAUCUUGACACAAGGCAUUGACAACUUGAAAGACUCUUACUGGCAACCAUUUGCAGACCAGGCUGUCAACACGAUAUAUCGUUUGUCAGAGCAUCCCGACUCUGUAUGUGGAAACAUCUUGAAGAAACUGGCAACACAUAUCAUGAGGAUCGCUGGAGAAGACUCUGUUAAUGAUGAAGGUAUGGAAUCUUCUAAUGCAAGUUGCCCAGCAGCUGUACUCUCACGCUUCCUUGGAUUCUCUGGACAGGUGGCCUUACAGCAACUCGUUCACUUGGAUGUCAUGGUAACAUCAGAGCUCAAACGAAGGCACUAUGUCCAAGAAAAAGCUAAUGGAAGUGAGAAUAGAAAUAAGACAAAGACUGAAAAUGAGACCAAUGACCCUGGAGCCAUAGAGGAUGAACUGGGCUUGACAGGUGCUACAGCAGAAGAUGCAGAGUCUGAGUACAUAAGGAAGAUUUGUGAAUCAGAAUCUGUAACAGGUCCAAAUUUGUUGUCUGCUGUACGUCCACUGUUGGUGGCUGUAUGCAGUAAUCCCUCUAAGUACAAAGACCCAUCAUUAAGAACCUCAGCUUGCUUAGCUCUAGCUAAGUUCAUGCUUGUUAGUUCCGAGUUCUGUGAUGCCCAUCUUCAGCUGCUAUUUACUGUAUUGGAAAAGUCUCCGGAGGAAGUAAUCCGCGCAAAUACUAUCAUAGCUAUCGGUGACCUCACCUUCCGUUUUCCUAAUCUGAUCGAACCAUGGACAGCAAAUCUGUACGCCAGACUGCGUGAUGAAUCGGUGCAUGUAAGAAAGAACACUCUGAUGGUUCUCACACAUCUCAUUCUUAAUGACAUGGUCAAGGUGAAAGGUCAGAUAAGUGAGAUGGCCACAUGCAUGGUGGACACUGAGCCACGCAUUGCUGCACUUGCCAAGCUAUUCUUUUUCGAACUGUCUAAGAAGGGUAAUGCUGUAUACAAUGUAAUGCCAGACAUUAUCAGCCGGCUCUCUGAUCCAGAUUGUGGUUUGCCUGAAGAGGACUUCCGAACAAUCAUGAAGUACCUAUUCACAUUUAUCCAGAAAGAACGACAGUCAGAGUCAUUAGUUGAGAAACUCUGCCAUCGGUUCCGAGCUACCAGAACUCCUGUGCAGGUGAGAGACCUUUCUUACUGUCUCUCAAUGCUGAAUUACAGUGAGAAGGGGGUCAAGCGAUUGGUAGAGAACUUUGCAUGUUUCUCUGAUAAGUUGGCAGACGUUGAGGUGUUCAGUUGUUUCCAGACGAUCCUGACAAAAGCUAAGAAGUUAACCAAGCCAGAACUUAAGGUGUUUGUAGAAGAUUUUGAGGAAAGAAUUACACGAUGUCACACAAAAGGAGUAGAGGAUGAUGAAAUUGUUGCUAAAGCAACCAAAGCAGCUUCUAAGCUGAAGAGAGGUGGGUCACAGAACCAAAGUACCCCAGCUGCCUCUCGUCAGAGGAGAACCGCUAAAUCCACUGCUAAGUCUACCGUUAAAAGAACCACCCGCAGAGGAAGACGCAGGCAACAGAAGGAUAGUGAUUCUGAGGACGAUGAAAACACCAUGCCACUAAGAGAAACGGCCGUUGAUCCUGCGAAUUGUAACCCAGGACGCAGUGUGAGGAAGACAAGAAUCAGAAAACCGAAAGGUGUAAUCCUAUCCAGUGAUGAGGAUAGUGACGAAGAAGAGGUCCUUCAGUCGAUGCUGACAAAAGUGCCAAGGUUUGGCCUUGAUGAGAGUACUGGAAGUGAAACAGAGAAUUCUGCACCUAACAGAGGUCCUACCACAGCGUCAGGAUAUAAGAAAGGCAAACGAAAACUCCUAUCAACGCCAGAUGGUGCUAGAGGGUCUUCCAGCAGAUUGUAAUAAAUUACACAAUGAAAUCGUAGUAGCUUUAAACAAUGAAAUCGUAAUUUUUUUUUAUAGCAUUAAAUAUACAAUUAUACUAUGGAGUGUUGACAUUACGAUAAUAUAAAUGUUCUGUAAUUAUGAUUUAGAUGCAUUUGGAUGUAAAUUAAACAUUUUCGAAUGUAUAGCUUGAUUACGAAAUCCUGUAUUAGGUUAUUCAUCAUUAAUGGCAGCCGGCUUGCUCUGGGAUUAAAUUUAAUUAGUAUGUGUGCGUCCCUUAAUACAGUUGAACCUCUCUAGGGUCCAGAGAAAAGUGGUUGCUUAUGAGAGGUGAUUCCUUACAAGUGUAAACACCGUAUGAGAUCCAACUUAUUGGGAUGUCAUGCCUCAGGUAAAAAUAUUCAUUACAAAAAUAAUAUGUAAUAAUUAUUAUUGUACCAGUAUUUUAAUAAGCAUUUGUUACCACCUCCAAGUAAAGUCCGUUGAAAAAAAAUGAAUUCUUUACGCUCCGGGAUGGUUGUGUACCAGAGGUAAAAUACCACAGAUAAUUAAUUUAAAUUAUCAUGCCAAAAAGUGGCUGCGGCCCCUUACGAAAGGUGAGUUCAUACUAGAGGUGUGUGCUUAGGAGAGGUAUUAAAUGCAGUAAUUGAAUGAAGAAAAUAAACAGGCUUUUGGCAAGUGGUGACUAAGAAAGGUGGUUGCAAAGAGAGGUUUAACUGUACAGUAUUUAGUGUACUUUAUAACUACAGACAGAUAAUAAAAAGGAUAUUUGUACUGUAGUGUAUUUCAUUGUGUAUUUACUGAUCCUAUUGUGUACAGGCUUCUUUUUAUUUACUCAGUCACAGGAACAUUUAUUUCCUUUAAUGUCUAUAAUACACCAAUGUGUAGAAAAAAAAGUAGACAAAUGAAUAUACAGUACACUAUUUCCAAAAAGGCAAAAGCUUGUGUACAGGAAUGCCCAAAACACAGGAACGCUUGCGUAACAAAACAUGGGGUACACAGAAACAAAAUGAUUACACACAUAAAGACAAAAAGCUGAUUGUAAUUUUUAGGAGAACAAAUGUGUACAUUUAUUAAAUAAAAUUAAAUAUUUUGAUACAGUAAAAGGUGAUAUUUGAAUAUUUUAGAAAAGUUUUUCUUGGAUACAGAUUGCUUAAUAUUUGGUGGUAAGUUAUUCCAAACUUUUGGUAAAUAUAUAAUGUGUUGAAAAGAAGAUUUUUAUCUGCGGGGGAAUAGUUCUAGUGGCUUAAUUUUGGAAGUAAGAAUUCGGAUGAAAAAAUUACAAAUUCGUGGUGGAUUUAUUUACGAACUGGUUUUUUUUUUGUCUGUUUUUGGAAUAAGCUGCUAGUGUUCGACUGAUAAGUAUUUUACCAAACAAUAUUGCAAUAACUUAAAUAAGGGAGGGUGAGAGUACAGUAAAGGCAGGAUGUUGAGCGAAAUAAAGUAUAUACAAAAUUAACACAAUACUUUUGUAAACCUUAAUCUCAAGUUCUUUAAUGGGUAUUUACAUGCAAGUCCUAAAUCAAUGUUGUAUUUUCAACUACUGUAGUGGCUAAUAUACUUAUUCAUUUUAAUCUGUCUUGAUAAAUCCUGUAUGUGUUCUUAUAUUGUGAAAUAUUGCAGUGUUAUGUCUCAAUAAACUGAAACAGGUUUUGCCUGUUGUAUAAAUGCUGGUUUUUUUUUAUGUAAUCAUUAGGAUUAGGAAAUCGGUUUGUUUCUAAAGCAGGACAAACUCAAUUCUCGCCCAAUUACAGUAUGUUUAAAAAUGCACUUACAAUACUUAACUUUAUACCUUAGCUAUAGAUUUUAGCCUGAGUGGUUAAAUUUGUUUGGAAUGCACACGAGGUUGGUGAUUGUUGGCCAUGAACUCUAGCAUUUAGUUAGUUGGAGCAUGUCUGGAAAAGUUUUAAAUUGAGAAAACUUUUAAAUUAUUGAACCAUACUUGUACCAUUAUUUUUACAGGGAAGUUUUAAAUAAAACAUGUUAAUUGGAACACCCGUUUUAAAUGUUCUUGGGGAGGGGUAUUCUGUGAGACCUCACCCCAACCAUGGUUGGGUCUGCGGAAAUUUUAGAAAAUAUUAGUCUCUAGGUGGCCUGAAGUGGCACUGUUGUAUAGUAAAAUUCAUCAUCAUCACAUCACCCUUAUAGUCAAAAUGACGCGGCAACAAAUUUCUCAUGAUCUUUUAUUAGGAACCAUACAGACCUAAUUAAUAUGUGUGAUGUAAAUUAGUAAAUUAAUUUUGAAACCUUGUUUUUAAUUUUUUACGUUAAUUUACCUACUUCAAUCUGUGAUGUACCAUUGGAAAUAAAACUUUAAAAGCUA